AAUUGCAGGAAGCAGUUGAAGAAAUACUGCCACUUUUGAAGAAAGAAAAUGUUAAAGUUUAUUAUUUAAGCAAGACAUCUGCUACAGAAGGAGUUGAGAGCUUUCUUGAUAAAGUAGAUGCGGCUUCAGAUGAGCCUACGCCGUUGUCUUGGAGAUCACAUAUAACCUUUGAAACUCCUGCCAUGUAUAUUUAUACUUCUGGCACUACAGGUCUUCCCAAGGCAGCAGUGAUUAACCAUGAACGCAUAAUGCUCGCCUGUGGUUUGUUUGAUGCUGGCAAUGUUACCUCGGAAGAUAUUGUGUAUACUGCUCUACCACUCUACCACAGCUCCGCCCUCCUCGUUGGAGUCCACGGAUGUAUCAUGAAAGGUGCAACUAUGGUUUUGCGUGCCAGAUUUUCAGCAAGUCAGUUCUGGGAUGACUGCAGGAAAUACAACGUAACGGUGAUACAGUACAUCGGGGAAGUGCUCCGGUAUCUAUGCAGUGUGCCGCAGAGAGACAAUGAUCAGGAUCACAAAGUCAGACUUGCCAUAGGAAAUGGAAUAAGGGCUGAUGUUUGGAGGAAAUUCAUCCAAAGAUUUGGAAAUAUUAAUAUAUUGGAAUUUUAUGCAUCGACUGAAGGAAACAUUUCUUUUGUUAAUUACACUGGAAAAAUUGGUGCAGUGGGAAGAGUAAACUGCUUGCAGAAGAAAAUCUUACGCUAUGAACUGAUUAAAUAUGACGUAGAGAAAGAUGAACCAGUCCGUGAUGAAAAUGGAUACUGCAUAAGAGUUCCCAAAGGUGAACCUGGACUACUGAUCUGCAAAAUCACCCGGUACGCACCCUUUAGCGGCUAUGCAGGAGCCAAACGGCAAACGGAGAAGAAGCAAUUACGAGAUGUCUUCCAAAAAGGGGAUUUAUACUUUAAUAGCGGUGACCUUUUAGUGACUGACAAGGAUAACUUCAUUUAUUUCCAUGAUCGAACUGGAGACACAUUCCGGUGGAAAGGGGAAAACGUUUCCACAAUGGAAGUUGCAGAGGUUUUAGGACUGAUUGACUGCGUUCAAGAAGUUAUUGUAUAUGGAGUGUCUGUUCCAGGGUAUGAAGGAAUGGCAUGUAUUCGACUAAAGGAAAACUGUGGCUUUAACGCAGAGAGUGCUUACAGACACGUUAACACUCACCUUCCAAACUACGCAAGGCCUCGUUUCAUAAGGAUUAAGAGUGCCGUUGAACUUACAGCAACGUUUAAGUACCGUAAAGUACAACUGGUGGAGGAGGGUUUCAACCCGGCAGUCGUCAGGGAUCGCCUGUAUUUCCUGGAUGACAAAGAAAAGCUGUACGUACAAAUGACCCAGGAUAUUUAUAACUUGGUAAAAAACCAUGACUUGAAACUGUGA